UCUUUUUUCCAGAGUUCCGAGCUCUUCUUGCAGUUCGGGUUUCUACCUCUGUGUGCGACGCUGGCAACAGCAUGCUUCUGAUUCAGACCCUCCACUUAACUGUAAAAAUACAUUAAUCAGAACUGUGUGGCAUCUUCCUAAGCAAGACUUUCAGUGGGACCCAGUAUGCUUCACUUCAUCCGGAAGUUUUCUCAAGCAUCUUCAAAGAUGCUGAAGUACACUUCCACAGUCAGACCAGGAGCCAGCAGGAGAAUAGAAACACUUUCUCACAAGACAUGUCUUCAGCAGAACUUUUCCCUUUUGUUUCCGAGACUUUGGCUUUUCUCAUCCUUUCCAGCAUGUGUGAGCAGGACACAGUAUUAUCAUACUUCCCUAUGCAGUUUUAAGAAGAAGCAAGAGCAAGCAGUGCUUCCAGCCAGGCCACCACGAACAGUCAGUUUCCUGCCUGACAGCCCAAAGCCAGCAUUAUACAUAACUCUGGCAGGACUAAUCCCCUUCGUUGCUCCACCAGUGGUCAUGGUGAUGACAAAGACUUAUAUUCCCAUAUGCUUUUACUCAGAUGGCUUAUGGAGCCAGUUUCCUUUCUUUCUUGGGAGGGAUCAGAUGGGGUUUUGCUCUGCCAGAAGGUAGUCCAGCCAAACCAGACUUCCUCAAUUUAGCUAAUAGUAUAGCUCCUGUUGUGUUUUCAUGGUUUGCUUUCUUUAUUUCUGAAAGACUAAGUGAAGCUAUAGUCACAGUAAUAA